AUGGUCAUGGUUUUUCGAAACCUUAAGGCUGUUUUUGGGGAACAUAAUGAAAUGGUAAUUGUGUCUGAUGCUCACAAAAGUAUAGAAAAUGGGUUUAAUGCCGUUUAUGGAAUAGCUGAACAUGGAUUAUGUGCAUUCCAUUUGUUGAAGAACUUGAAAAAGAACCAUAAAUCACUUCCCAUGGAGGACUCAUUCAAUAAAUGUGUUAGAGCUUAUACACCACUGGAAUUUGAGUACUACAUGAGGCAACUCGAACAACUAUCUCCAUCAAUGAGGCAUGAGUUGGAAGCAGUGGGAAGACACAGAUGGGCUAGGGCAUUUUUUAGGAGAAAAAGAUACCAGAUAUAUCCUGUAGACCAACAUGAAUUUGAAGUCCACCAUCGUAAGGAACAAUUUUUCGUCAACAUUUUAAAUCGGACAUGUUCAUGUCGUCAGUGGGACCUUGAUUUGAUCCCUUGUUCACAUGCAUGUAUAGCAUUGUCCACAAGGAAUCUUAAUCUCCAUUUGUACACUGAUAAGUUCGACUAUGUCUCAAAUUUGAUAAACAUGUACAAGAAGGGGACGCGUCCUAUUGGUAGUGUAAACCAAAUUAGGAAUACGCACCAAGGUGGCAAUGAUGGAAUACUUCCACCGCAGGUUAAGCGUCCAGCCGGAAGACCAAAAAAGAAGAGGUUUGCUUCAUUUUUAGAGAAGAAAGCCAUUGUUCAUUGCAACAGGUGUGGUAAAAAAGGUCACAAUUGCAGGUCUUGUAAAGAACCCAUUUAG